UAUUCACUCUCUCUCUCUGCUCUGUGCCUCUCUCUCUCCCUCCUCUCUCAGGCUCGGCCAUUGCCGUUGUGAAUGCGAAAAGAUAUUCCGUUGAUUUUUCGAACUGGGUUUGCUUUUCUAUCUCCAAUUUUCCAACAAAUUCCAUUGUUUUUGGCUACUAGUCACUUGGGUUGAGGAUAUCCACAGUUGAAGACCUCUUGGGUACAGAUGGAAACUGAAGGAGCCGCAACUGUUGCAGUGCGAAACACUACCUUUACGCCUAAGGCUAUCAUACACAAAAAGUUCGGUAGCACAGCCCGCUAUGAAGUAGAGGAAGUGCAUGAGUCUCCUCAAAAUGGAUGUCCAGGGUUGGCCAUUAUGCAGAAGGGCCCUUGCCUUUAUCGCUGUACCUUGAAACUUCCAGAAGUUACUGUCGUAUCUGAAACCUUUAAAAAGAAGAAGGAUGCAGAACAGUCUGCCGCUGAAUUGGCCUUAGAAAAGCUAGGCAUUAAUCCCUCAACAAAAGUCCCUACUCUGCAGGAAGCAUGGGAUGAGUUAGUCUCUCGUGUCAAUUUUUUAUUUUCAGAUGAGUUUCUUCCAGCUCUUCAUCCUCUUAGUGGUCACUUCAGAGCAGCAUUGCAGAGGGAAGGUGAUCUUUCUGGUCAAAUUCCUGCCGCAGUCAUUGCUGUCUUUGACGCAACACUUUUUAAUAUGUGUAAAUCCAUUGAUCCCAAGGUGGAGUCAAGUCCUUUCUUGGCUAUAUUAUAUGUUAUGAGGGCUGCUGCUAAAUUAUCUGGACUUCUUGCUACUUCUGAGGAAGAGCUCUGGAUUAGGAGGAAAAAUCCAUACACUCCUGAAAUAAUAGAGUCAUCAUCUGUUGAGCAAUCAGACUCCAAAGAAAUAUUUCCGAUUGAAGCCAUAAAUGUACCAUGUUCAUUAGAGAAGAGUGUUGAAAGAGUAAUCCUAAAUCUCUCAUCUUCUGGAUAUUUCCUGGAUGUUAUAGCAAAACAACUUGGGUUAUUGAACGCUGCUGACAUUCUGAUCUCAAGGCCUAUAGGUAAAGCUUCCUCUGAGACAAGACUGUACUUUGCUGCUCCAAAGAAAUCUCUGUUGGAUAUCUCUUCAGAUCUUCUAAAUACCAAAGGAGCUUGUAAUUCUGAAGGAUCUUUCAAUGCAAGAGCAAGUUACCUGUCGGGCCAAGAUAUAUAUGGUAACGCUGUUUUGGCAUCCAUUGGAUACACAUGGAGGUCCAAAGACCUUUUCUAUGAAGAUGUAUCCCUGCAAUCAUAUCACAGGAUGGUCAUUGGCAAGACACCAAGUGGAAUUUACAAGUUGUCCAGAGAAGCAAUACUUGCAGCUGAGUUACCUUUAGCAUUUUCUGCCAAGGCAAAAUGGAAGGGUUCGAUUCCAAGGGAGAUACUGUGUACAUUCUGCCGCCAGCACCGGCUUGAGCCCAUCUUCUCUCCUCGAAACACUCUAGAAGAAUCAUCCGAGUCACCAAUAUCACACAAGAAGUUAAAGGUGACAGACUUGGCUGGGAAAGAGACACAAUAUGCAAAUGGCCGUGUUGUUGAUGCUGGUGUAAAGGAGAUAGUUGAAUCCGGAGGUAGCUUUAGAUGUGAAGUAAAAAUAAUUUCUAAGUUUCAGGAUUUUAUUUUAGAGUGCUCACCAAAAGAGACUUUUAAGAAGCAGAGUGAUGCCAUCCAGAAUGUUUCUUUGAAAGUUCUGUUAUGGUUAAAUGCAUAUUUUGGGGAUCUAACUAUGCCUUUAGAGAGACUAAACGCUUCUGCUGAGGGCCACAACAUUAGAUUCGAUUCCCAAAACUUUAUUAAAACAUUUAUGCUGUGCCAUCAUAUUCAUACUGUUGGGCAUAAAGAGACUGAAGAAGGAAAAUUAUCAUUUUCCAACUCUGUGAAUGCACUGUUUGCUGUCCCUGGAAUUGACAUUUGUUCCGUAAGUAUAGAAGGACCGGAUUCUGGUGUUUGUCCAUCUAUUGGGUCCUUAGCAUGUGUAAGCUAUUCUACUUCUUUGGUGACUGAAGGCAAACAUACGAAAGAACUUUUGGAAAGUAGUGAUGACUUUGAGUUUGAGAUAGCAUCUGGAGCAGUGAUCCCACAUCUCGAGUCAGUUAUUACACAAAUGACUGUUGGUCAGUCGGCUUUUUUCAGUAUGGAUUUGCCACCUCAAGAGUUGGUUUUAGCUGCAGCUGGCGAUUCUGCUAGGAUGCUUUCCUUAUUGUCUUCAGAAACCUGCUAUUUGGAAUACACUAUAACUUUGUUGGGGGUAACCGAACCACUAGAGGAUAGAAUGGAGCAGGCUUUUUUCAGCCCUCCACUUUCAAAACAGCGUGUGGAAUAUGCAGUGCAAGGCAUCAAACAAUCUUGUGCAACUACUUUGGUUGACUUUGGAUGUGGCUCUGGUAGUUUGUUGGAUUCUUUAUUAAACUAUCCAACUUCUCUGGAAAAAAUUGCUGGUGUUGAUAUUUCACGAAAGAGUCUUGCUCGUGCGGCAAAGAUACUUCAUUCCAAAUUAAACUCAAAUUCAGAUGCCAUUACGUCAGCCAUGAAUUCAGCAAUUCUUUACGAUGGUUCAAUUACAAAUUUUGAUUCCCGGUUGAGUGGAUUUGAUAUUGGCACUUGCUUAGAGGUAAUAGAGCAUAUGGAGGAAGAUCAAGCAUCUGAGUUUGGCAACGUGGUGCUAAGUUUAUUUCGUCCAAGGGUUCUUAUUGUCUCCACUCCAAACUACGAAUACAAUGUGAUACUCCAGAAAUCCAAUUUGUCAAGCCAAGAAGAUGACCCGGAGGACAAAAGUCAAGCACAAUGUAAAUUUCGUAACCAUGACCACAAGUUCGAGUGGACGAGAGAGCAGUUCAAUUGCUGGGCGACUGAAUUGGCUGCGAAGCACAACUACAGUGUUGAGUUCAGUGGAGUUGGGGGUUCCGGUGAUACAGAACCAGGUUUUGCUUCCCAGAUUGCUGUCUUUAGACAGGAACACGUAACCAAGGAAGUUGCUUUUCCAGAGGUUUCAGAUCUGGAACAACCUUUCGAAGUUAUAUGGGAAUGGAAUAGCAGCGAUAGGCCAGGAUCUGCUCUCUGAUGAACUGAGAUAUUCGUGCAGGAUUUUCCGAACCCAUGAAACAGAGCUUUUAUUUUGACUUAGAACUGGAUUCGGGGUAUCUAGUGACAGAAAACCAGGUUUCAGACGGUGGGGAUCCCUACCUCCGGGAGAUGAUCUUCCUUUUGCGGAUUUAGAACGUCUACAAGAAGUUAUAUGGGAAUGGACUGUAUCAACUAGCAUUAGGAGAAUAGAUUACCACCAUAAUAUGUGCCAUUUGAUGAUUUUGAUUUUUAAUAUUCGUGUAGCGGGUAAGUUAAAUCAAA